UAUUCGGAAGGUUAAACAAAAACCCUUCUAAGCCAGCUCUAUUUCAAGGACUUUUCACUUUCUGCCUCUCUCUCGCUCCGAAAUAUCUUUCUCUUCGUUUGAUAUUUGGUUUUGCUACAGAGAGCUAUCGCCGAUCAUCGAAGAUGCAUUCGAGUCACUUGCUUCUCGAAGAGCCGAUCAGAAUGGCCUCGAUUCUCGAACCAUCCAAACCUAGUUUCUUUCCUGCAAUGACGAAGAUUGUGGGGACUCUAGGUCCUAAAUCUCGAUCCCUGGAGGUCAUUUCUGGUUGCCUCAAGGCUGGAAUGUCAGUGGCUCGAUUCGACUUUUCAUGGGGAGACCCGGAGUAUCAUCAGGAGACUCUGGAGACUCUGAAGGCCGCUGUGAAGAAUACCAAGAAGCUUUGCGCUGUUAUGCUGGACACUGUGGGUGCUGAGAUGCAAGUUGUUAAUAAAAGUGAGAAAGCUAUUUCACUUCAGGCUGAUGCUUUUGUUGUAUUAACACCACACCACGAUCAAGAAGCCACCUCAGAGCUACUGCCCAUCAAUUUUGAUGGGUUGUCAAAGGCAGUGAAGAAGGGAGACACCAUUUUUGUUGGUCAAUAUCUGUUCACUGGAAGUGAAACUACUUCAGUUUGGCUGGAGGUUUCUGAAGUGAAAGGGGAAGAUGUAGUUUGUGUAUGUAAGAACUCUGCAACACUGGCUGGGUCGUUGUUCACUUUGCACGCCUCUCAAGUUCAUAUUGAGCUGCCUACCCUCUCUGAUAGAGACAAGGAGGUUAUAAGUACUUGGGGAGUUCAAAAUAAAAUUGACUUCCUCUCACUAUCAUAUACCCGGCAUGCAGAAGACGUUCGCCAGGCCCGAGAGUUUCUUUCUAAGUCGGGUGACCUCAGUCAGACUCAAAUUUUUGCAAAGAUUGAAAAUGUAGAGGGGUUAAACCAUUUUGACGAGAUCCUUCAAGAAGCAGAUGGUAUUAUCCUUUCCCGUGGGAAUUUGGGCAUAGAUCUCCCACCUGAGAAGGUGUUUUUAUUUCAAAAAGCUGCCCUCUACAAGUGUAACAUGGCUGGAAAGCCUGCAGUGCUUACUCGUGUUGUGGACAGUAUGACUGACAACUUGCGACCAACUCGUGCAGAAGCUACUGAUGUUGCUAAUGCUGUGUUGGAUGGAAGUGAUGCAAUUCUUUUGGGUGCUGAGACUCUACGUGGGUUGUACCCUGUUGAGACUAUUUCCAUCGUUGGUAAAAUUUGUUCUGAGGCAGAGAAGGUUUUCAACCAAGACCUUUAUUUCAAGAAGACUGUAAAAUAUGUUGGAGAGCCGAUGACCCACUUGGAAUCUAUUGCUUCCUCUGCGGUUCGAGCUGCCAUUAAGGUGAAGGCAUCUGUUAUUAUUUGCUUCACUUCUUCAGGAAGAGCUGCAAGAUUGAUUGCCAAGUAUAGGCCAACAAUGCCAGUUCUAUCUGUUGUCAUCCCCCGACUUAAGACAAAUCAGCUAAAAUGGAGCUUUACUGGAGCGUUUGAGGACCAACCAUGUAGUCUGUCGUAUCAUUUAUGGGAAAGCUAUCCCUCUAAUGCAAGGCAAUCACUUAUAGUCAGAGGUCUCUUCCCCAUGCUUGCUGAUCCCAGACAUCCUGCGGAGUCUACAAAUGCAACAAAUGAGUCAGUUCUAAAGGUUGCCCUUGAUCAUGGAAAGGUAUCGGGUGUCAUUAAAUCACAUGAUCGAGUUGUUGUUUGCCAGAAAGUUGGGGAUGCUUCUGUGGUCAAGAUUAUUGAACUUGAAGAUUAAUAAGCUUUUCUUACCCUCGGUUUGAGGUAUACUUCCUCAUAAAUUUUUUUGAAGUGGUGGUGAACUGUGUUGCUGCCACCCAUGAAGUAAUUUUACCUCCAAGUUAUGGAGUCUAGCUUGUGACUCAACAUGUAUUAAGAAUAUACGCACCCAGGCAUUACUUUUGUUUUUCAAAAGUUAUCAAAGUCAGCUACAUCUCAUGCUCCCCGCCUUUCUCUA